GGAGCUGAGAGGGAAUCGAUGUAUAAACGCCAGUGACAGCGCUGUGAGACUUUAGUGUGUCACACUUUCCGGUCCAGUUUACAGGGCUCGUGGCUGUUGUUGACUCGUUAACAGAGCGAGAGAAUAUACACAAUGGGUCACGGAGCCCAGAAUACCGACCAAGGGCUAACGGGGACGGCAGCGGAGAGAAUGAGACUGGAGCCGGACAAGGGAGAAGAGGCUGCGCCUCAAGAGCUCCGCUGGCCGCCCUCGAUCCCCCGGCGAGACAGGCAGACCUGGAGCCGCCAGCUCGAGUUCACGCUGGCCUGUGUCGGCUAUGCGGUGGGGCUGGGAAACGUCUGGAGGUUCCCGUAUCUGUGUUACAGGAGCGGGGGAGGUGCUUUCCUUAUUCCCUAUUUCAUCAUGUUGCUUUUGUGUGGGAUUCCGCUGCUCCUCAUGGAAUUCACCAUCGGACAGUUUACGUGCUUGGGUCCUGUCCAUGCCUUGGCUAAACUCUGUCCUCUUCUGAAAGGUGUCGGCGUGGCGACGGUUGUGAUUUCAUUCAUGCUCUGUACUUAUUACAAUGUUAUUAUCGCCUGGGCUCUAUACUACCUGUUCAACUCACUUCAAUCAUCGCUUCCCUGGCAAAGCUGCAACAACACAUGGAACGUUGUGGAAAACUGCUCUGAUGGAUUUCCUGGGAACACCUCUCACCUUCGAUCUGCCAGUCAACAAUUUUUUGAUUACAGGUUGUUGCAGAUGAGUAGUGGGAUUGAAGAGAUCGGCAGCAUACGCUGGGAUUUGUUUGGUCUACUCCUGUUGGCUUGGAUCAUUGUAUAUUUCUGUAUAUUCAAAGGAGUGAAAUCGACUGGAAAGGUGGUGUAUUUUACAGCCAUUUUUCCAUAUCUCAUCCUGAUUAUACUACUGAUCAAUAAUGCGCAGCUGCCAGGAGCCAAGGAUGGAAUCCUCUUCUUCCUCACCCCCAAGUGGAGCAAGUUGCUGGAAGUCCAGGUAUGGGUGAAUGCUGCUGCACAGAUUUUUAACUCCAUUGGAAUUGGAUUUGGCACCAUGUGGUCUAUGGCCAGUUACAACAAAUUUAAUAACAAUAUUCUCAAAGAUACUCUCAUUGUUGCAGUGACAAAUUCAGCCACAAGUAUUUUUGCAGGAUUUGUGGUUUUCUCUGCAAUUGGGUACAUGGGCCACCAGCACAACCUGCCUGUUGAGGACAUUGCCACUGAUGGCCCAGGACUGGUGUUUGUUGUUUACCCAGAAGCAUUUGUUACCAUGCCCAUUGCACCGAUGUGGGCCUCACUGUUCUUCUUCAUGCUUCUCUGCUUAGGUGUGGAUAGCCAGUUUGCCAUGGUGGAGGUGAUGGUAACAAGUCUGAUGGAUACCUGGGGAAAGAACCUGCUUCAAUUCCUUAAAUGCAAAGAGAUUGUGGUUCUUGUCGUCUGUUUUAUUGCUUUUAUGCUCGGGAUUCCCAACAUCACCCAGGGUGGAAUUUAUUUAUUCCAGCUGAUGGAUCAUUACACAGCUGUCGUCUCUCUCAUGUUCCUGGCUUUCUUUGAAGUUGUGGCCAUUUGUUGCUUUUAUGGUGUCCGUAGAUUGUCUGCCAACUACAAGGAAAUGGUGGGGUCUCCUCCAAAUCUCUUUUUCAAACUGUGCUGGCGGAUUGCUUCUCCACUGCUUGUCACAGUUAUCCUCGUGUCUAGCAUAAUCCAUUACAGCCCUGCCCGAUAUGGUAAAACAUACACCUAUCCACCUUGGGCUGAGGGCCUUGGCUGGAUUAUCUCCCUCUGUUCGAUCAUCUGGAUCCCGCUUGGAGCUCUGCACACGCUAUAUACUAACAAAGGCUCAUUUAUUCAGCGCCUUCGUUCGUCAGUAUCUCCAGUAACUGAGGUAAUUCCAACAGAAAACCGGGACCUGAUGAUCAAAUUGAAGUCUGGCAUAUACAGGCCUUCAGGUUCUGCCAUCUGUUUUGACAGCAUUGACCUCUCGAAAUAAACUGGCAUGUUAUUUUUUUAAACUUA